AUGUCUGAAUCCGGUUUCCAGGACGCUCCUGCUGAGGAGUUUGGCCAGAUUCCUGCCAACCCUGCCAGUGCACCCAACCCCGAGGAUGCUCUCGCCGCCCGCGAGCACGGCUGGGGUGAGGACGAGAAGCUUGACUACGAUGCUUUCAAUGCCCCUACUUCAGACUCUAACCCCGCUUGGGCCAGCUCCGCUCAGGUUUACGAGUGGUCUGGUGAGGAGGGAGAUGUCGGUGCUCCCGACCCUGAGCUCGAGGAACAGCUUUUCCGCAACGGUCAGAGCAAGGCCGGUACAUCCCUUGACCACAUCUUGAACUUCUCGGCUACCCUUGAGGGACCCAAGCAAUUCGCACCUAUUGGCAGUUUUGAUACCGCCGGUCUUCACCCUCAAGUUCUCGCCAACGUCCAGCUCUGCAACUACGACCGCAUCACUGUCAUCCAAGGUUACUGCAUUCCCAUCAUCCUUGCUGGCCACGAUCUUGUCGCUGUCGCCCAGACUGGCUCUGGCAAGACUGCCGCUUAUCUGAUCCCUAUCAUCUCCAAGUUGAUGGGCAAGGUCCGCAAGCUGCAAGGCCCUCGUCCCGCCAUGAAGGGAGCUCGCGUCCGCGCCGAGCCUCUUGUUGUCAUCGUGGUUCCUACCCGUGAGCUUGCUCAACAGAUCUUUGACGAGGCCCGCCGUCUUUGUUACCGUUCCAUGUUGCGCCCUGUGUGCGCCUACGGUGGUAUCCCCAUGAGCAGCAAUCUUCAAGAGCUCGCCAAGGGCUGCGACCUUCUCAUCGGUACUCCUGGUCGUCUCCAGGAUCUGAUGGACAAGCCUGACAUCCUGAGCAUGAAGCGUGUCAAGUUCACAGUCAUCGACGAGGCCGAUGAGAUGCUUCAGGGUGACUGGGAAGACGAGAUGAACAAGAUCAUGGGUGGUGGCGACAUGAACGAGGACCCCGAUCACGCCUACCUCAUGUUCUCGGCCACCUUCCCCAAGGAGUCUCGCGCCAUCGCUCGCACCUACAUGGACGCCGACUUCAUGCGUGUCCGCAUCGGUCGCGCCGGCUCUACUCACAAGAACGUCACCCAGGACGUUGUGUUCGCUGAGCGCCAUUCGAAGAAGCAGGCUCUCUACGACCUCUUGAUGGCUAGACCUCCCUGCCGCACUCUCGUCUUCUGCAACAGCAAGCCUGGUGUGGAGGAAGUCGACGAUUACCUCUACAACCGUCAACUCCCCACCGUCUUCAUGCACGGCGGCCGUUCCCAGCUUGAGCGUGAGGACGCUAUGCGUCGUUUCAAGGGAGAGAAGCCCCACAUCCUCAUCGCCACCAACAUCUUUGGCCGCGGUAUCGAUGUUCCUCAGGUCAACCACGUCAUCAACUACGACUUGCCCGGCACGGAGUAUGGCGGCAUCUCUGAGUACAUCCACCGCAUCGGACGUACUGGUCGUAUCGGCCACAAGGGUCACGCUACUUCGUUCUACAACGAGCGCAACGAGGACAUCGCCCCGGCUCUUGUCAACAUCCUUCUCGAGACCGAGCAGGAGGUCCCUGACUUCCUCCAGGACUUCAAGCCCGAGAACGGUCAGGCUGAGUUCGAGGACGAUGUGACUGACAACGAGGAGGAGGCCUCCGAGCCUGGCUACGUUACCGCUGCUGGUGAGGCCGAGGCUCCCGCUGAGGCUGCUACUGGCGGUGGCUGGGGCACUGAUGCUUCCACCCCUGCCGUCGCCGCCGACGCUGGUUGGGGCGCUGCCACUGAGCCUGUUACCGCCUCUUGGUAA